AUGUUUCGUCCCGCCGUACGAGCGCUCGCCCGCGCACCCAUCGCCGCGCCCUGUGGCCCAGCCAGCAGACGAUUGAUAAGCACCGGUCCUACCAAGUCGAGAAGCUGGAAGAACACCGUCCUCCGACUUGGUCUGGCUGGUGGUGCGGUCUACUACUACAACACUAGCAGCGCAUUCUCCAAAGAGCCCGAAUUCUCCAUCCUCUCCAAGCUCCAAGAAAACAACGCCAACGCCUCGUCCCAGACCCUCGACUCCAUCACCCCGAAGAUCCGCGAAGAGCGAGCUGCAGCCCGCAAGGCUAGCGUGAACCCGGAAGAGCUCGAGAAGGAGGCUGGCCAAGAAGCCGCUUUCAACCCCGAGACCGGCGAGAUCAACUGGGACUGCCCGUGCCUGGGUGGUAUGGCGCAUGGCCCUUGCGGAGAGGAGUUCAAGGCUGCGUUCAGCUGCUUCGUGUACUCGGAGGAGGAGCCGAAGGGCAUGGACUGCAUUGAGAAGUUCCAGGGCAUGCAAAAUUGCUUCCGCGCACACCCCGACGUGUACGGUGCCGAGCUAGAGGACGAGGAUGCUGAGGCUGAGGUCGGUGUCUCCGCCCCCGUCGAAUCUCCCGAGCAGCCCGCAGCUGUCGCCGAUAUCGACGCCGCUUCCCAGCCCGAGGAAGUCAUCGCCGAGGUGAAGGCUGUCGAGGCCGAGAAGACCGAGACCGCUGAGUCUUUGGUUCCCGAGGCCGAGAACAAGAACCAGGAGGUCCAGAAGACCGAGAACUGA